CGAGUAAAGUCCUCUCACUGUUUGUGGAGCUUUCCACUCCACUGCUCUCUACACAACCGCCGUUUGACAGCCUCGCCAACUGGGAUAAUAGUUCCCAGAAAUUACAUCUAUCUUAUACAUAUCUCUCUUCGAGUUGCAGUUAUCAGCCGAGAUCGUAGAUGACUCUGGAAUUCGUGUUGAAUUUGGCUUGGUGAACAGAUGAGAAGCCGCACAGAUACGACGAAGAUGGGAUCGGCGUGGCCGGCGUUGGUGAAGUACCUGAUCCUAAUGGCCGUUCUGCUCAUACAGGGCGGGUUCGGACAGACUUCUACUAACCCAACAGUCAUCCCCACCACCGCCACCACCACACCUGAGCCCCCCCUGGAUGUUCAUGUUAAUGUGAGUGAAACGACCGUGGAAUUGACGUGGAGCAACGAAGCCGCGUGUAAUGAGAGCGUCUACAAUGUCACCUACGCCACCAACUCUUCUGGUGCAGCGAGUGGCUCCCGUGGGGGAACUGUAUCGAGCACUUGCGUCACGCUGAGUAAUCUCCAACAACACCUAGCGAACUUGACCAACCUCAUCCCCGGAGCCGGCUACACGGUCAUCAUCUGGCAGCAAACAAGCGUCAGGUGGAACAACAAUACGCAGACAAGUCCUGCUCCUGUUUCAAAUGUAAUAUUGGACAAUAAUGGCUCCACAAACAGCCUCUACCUGAGCUUCCAACUGGCCAUCGGAGAUGUGGAUUCAUAUGCAGUUGAUCUCGUGGACGGACAGAGUGGCUCUGUUGUCCAGACGGACAUUCUCCAAAAUUCCACAACGAAACAAACCUUCACGGACCUCACUGCGGGUAGGCUGUAUCGAGCAAAAGUCACAACUGUCAGUGGAGACCUGAACAGCACCGGUGUGGAAGAGGAAAUGUGCACAGUUCCUCACACUGUUCAACAUGUGGCUCUUGAAAAUUACGGCACCACCAAGAACCUGACGGUGAAUUUCACCAGCGCCGCUGGGGAUGUGACUCAUUAUGAAGUUAAACUGAUGGACACAACCAAUGGAUCGGUGGUCUUGUCAAAAAAUCUAUUAAACGACACAACUGUGUACACCUUUCAUGAUCUGGUCCCGGGCCGGCGUUAUCAAGUCAAUGUCACCACAAAGAGUGGAAACUGUACCAGCCCUCCAGUGACUGCUGAAAUGUGCACAGUUCCUGCAGCCGUUGAAAAUCUGACUUUUGAAAAUAACGGCACCACUAACAGCCUGACAGUGAACUUCACCAGCGCCACAGGGGAUGUGACUCAUUACGUAGUUGAACUGGUGGACACAACCAAUGGAUCUGUGGUUAAGUCAAGAAAUCUAUCAAAAGACAUCACUGAGGACACCUUGCAUGAUCUGGUCCCUGGCCGGAAUUACAAGGUCAUUGUCACCACAGUAAGUGGAGACUGUAACAACACUGAAGCAGCGGCUGAAAUGUGCACAGUUCCUAAAAUCGUUCAAAAUGUGACUCUUGAAAAUAAGGACACCACCAACAGCCUGACAGUGAACUUCACCGGUGACAUUGGGGAUGUGACUCAUUACACAGUUCAACUGGUGGACACAACCAAUGGAUCUGUGGUCAUGUUAGUAAAUCUUCCAAACGACACAACUGUGUCCAUCUUUGAUGAUCUGAUCCCGGGCCGGCGUUACAAAGUCUAUGUCACCACAGAGAGUGGAAACUGUACCAGCCCUCCAGUGACUGCUGAAAUGUGCACAGUUCCUGAAAUCGUUCAAAAUGUGACUCUUGAAAAUAAGGACACCACAACCAACCUGACAGUGAACUUCACUGGCGCCGCUGGGGAUGUGACUGAUUACACAGUUGAACUGGUGGACACAACCAAUCGAUCGGUGGUCAGAUCAGGAAAGCUUUCAAAUGGCACCACUGAGGUCACCUUUAAUGAUCUAGUCCCGGGCCGGCGUUACCAAGUCUAUGUCACCACAGUGAGUGGAGACUGUAAGAGCACUGAAGCGGAUGCUGAAAGGCGCACAUUUCCUGCAGCCGUUGAAAAUCUGACUCUUGAAAAUAAGGGCACCACCAACAGCCUGACGGUGAACUUCACUAAGGCCAAGGGGGAUGUGACUCAUUACACAGUUGAACUGGUGGACAGAACCAAUGGAUCUGUAGUUAGGUCAGAAAAUCUAUCAAAUGGCACCACUAACCAGUUAUUUACUGAUCUAGAUGCUUGCAAGAUAUAUCAGGUCCAUAUAAAAACAUUAAGUGGAGAAUUGUACAGCAAGGUUGUGACUGAAACAGCUUGUACAGAUCCUGCCGCUGUUGAAGAUUUGAUUUUCGAAAAUAGAGACACCACCGACAGCCUAACGGUUGAAUUUAGUCAGACCACGUGCAAAACAGCCAGUUACACUGUUGAGCUGAAGGAACUUAAAAAUGAUCUCAUUGUUGGAAAUGUAUCUCUCAUGGCGAACGAAACAUCACACACGUUCUCGAAGCUGGAUCCAGGCAGACUGUACCAGGUUAUUGUCACAACCAUUGGUGGAGAUUGCAAGGGCAUUCAGGCAAAGAAAGAUAUGUGCACAAAUCCUAACUUGGUUAGAAAUUUGAAUAUCAAUACAGAUCUCAAUAAGAGCUUGUCAGUGAGCUUUGACAAGGCUUCUGGCAAUGUAGAUAAUUAUACCGUGUUACUGACCAACGGUGACACAUCUCUAGAUUUAAUAGAACAUCUAAAUCCCGACAAAACGGAGUGCUCUUUCGAAAAAUUGCAGCCAUGCACCAAAUACCAUGUCUCAGGUUACCACGUCCAGUUCAUCUUGUAAAAAUACUCUCGAGCCAACGGCACAGGUCACAUAUCCAAACCAAAUGAAGAAUGUCACACCAGAAGUAGAGAAUUACAAUCACAUCAAUAUAAGUGGGUAAAACCCGAAGGAAAUGUCGAAUUCUUCAACGUGGUCUUAUCAAAAGGUUCAUCGGUUCAAUGGGAACGCAGUUUUAACUCAAGCGAAAAUGCCUAUUUCACCGGUGCAUUGGACUACAGCACUACGUACAA